AUGGACGACGACAAAGAUCCUCAUUCACCAAUCGAAACCUUCCACGAUUCCAUUGACGAGGAACCUAAGCAAAAAAAACCUGAAAGUUCGAUUGCAGCAGAGUUGAAGACGAAGAAAAGGAAAGCUUUAAUCGAGCUCCGUUCACGUCUCGAGGAUUCCAUACUCAAUUACACCCUCAUCGGAGAAAAAUACAAAGCGAGCGAGCAUCUUAGAGAAUUACAGAUCUGGGGUGUCCCAUUGUUACCCAGUCGAGGCCUCGAGAGAACCGAUAUCAUUCUCAAAAAAUUCUUGAAAGCCAAAGAUUAUAACGUCCAAAACGCUUUUGAAAUGAUAGCAAACACGAUUAUGGCAAAGAUAAAGCAGGUCGCCCAUUGUGUUACCCAAUUGUUCGAAGCGUUUAAAGAUAAAGACACUUUACGUAAGAGAUUAGGAACCAAGGAAUCAUGCAAUGAGUUCCUUCGUUGGCGAAUUAAACUAAUGGAAGGAUGCGUUCUUAAACUCGACUUCAAACCCGGUGGUGCAGAUUCUGUCAUCCAAAUUAUGGAUGUCAAGAACAUACCCAGACCAUUUCUGAACGAACUCUUUGCGGGUAGCAAGAAAUAUUUUUCCCUUUUGCAAGAAAAUUAUCCAGGGAUCAUUUACAGAAUCGUGAUUGUUAAUGUCCCGAUGUGGUUUUUCGCGUUCUAUACGUUAAAUAUGCGAUUAAUGACAAGAAAGUACAAAGUAAUGUACGUGAAGCCAUCGGCAAUCACUGAGACCCUUCUCAAAUUUAUAGAUCCAGAACAUCUCAUGGCUCCAUACGGCGGUCUAGGAAUAAAAGGCGGCGAAUUCUCGCCUGACGAAAAAGCGACAGAGCAGAAGCUCAAAGGAUAUGCAACCGAUAGCAUCGAGAUACCUACUACAGAGGUGGGGAUGACCGUGUAUUGGGAUUUAACGGUAACAGGAAAUGAUGUGAGUUACAAGGAAGAAUUUGUGCCAGAAGAUGAAGGUUCAUAUAAUGUGUUGGUUUCAAAAGGAACACAAAUAGGGAGAAUGACUUCAAAUUCAUUUCAUGUAAGUGAGCCUGGCAAAAUUCUUAUUACAUUAGCCAAUCCUUCUUCCAAAAAUAGAAAGAUUUUUUAUAGGUACAAAAUUAAACCCUUUGUACCCAUGCACAAUUUACCCAUUACAGAUUAGAGUUUUUAUUUAUUUAUUUAUUAAUCCUAUUUGAAUAUAAGUUUAGUUAAUUUUGAUCGUACUUGUACUGAAAAGUUAUCCUCAAGGAAAUGGGUAUAUACGAGCUUGAAUUUGUAUUAAAAAGUAGUCC